AUGGACAAUUGUCAACUCAGUUCCCAGUCUGAGGACCUGAGCCCCCAGCUGAGUCCCUCAGGGUAUGCCCCGGAGGUAAUUGUAGAUGAUGAAGUUGCAGGACCAUCAGCCCCUAGGGCAGAGUCUAACCCCCUGCCUCAGUCUCCUGGGCGGAAGAGGGAUUGGUCAGCAGCAUUUGAGGAGGAGAGAAGCCCAGAAGCUGAGGAAAUCUGGGUCGUGGAGUCUCUGUGUGGGCUCAAGAUGAAGUUGAAGAGACAGCGGGUGUCAUCUGUGCUGCCUGAGCACCAUGAAGUCUUCAACAGGCUGCUUGAGGAUCCUGUCAUUAAAAAGUUCCUGGCCUGGGACAAAAACUUGAGAGUCUCGGACAAGUAUCUUCUGAGCAUGGUCAUUGCUUACUUUAGCCGAGCUGGGCUCUUCUCCUGGCAGUACCGCCGGAUCCAUUUCUUCAUAGCUCUCUACCUGGCCAACGACAUGGAGGAGGACAACCAGGCCCCCAAACAAGCCAUCUUCUCCUUCCUCUAUGGGAAGAACCACGCCCAGCGUCCAUUAUUCCACAAGCUAAAAUUUCAAUUUGUCAGAUUCAUGGGCUGGAGGACGAUGGUUUCCAGGGAAGAGUGUGAAGAGAUCCAGGCUUAUGACCCAGGGCACUGGGUGUGGGGGCGAGACCGCACCCUCAUUCCCUAG